UUCAAUUCUCCAGAUUCACUCCCAAAAAAGAAGUUUUAUAAAGCAAAUAUAUCUCUGUCUCUCUAUUUUCGCAUCUGGACCGUUCUCGGUUUAACACAGCUCGCCGGUUUGACGUGCGCCGCCUGAGAUGUCGCCGGCGGUUUCAAGUGUGAUAAGAAUCUCACGGUAUAGGGAAGUUCAGUGGUGAUAGAAGUUAAUCAAAUCAGACGGCUCCGGUAUUUAUCUGGUGGGGCCCAAGGAGAAAAAAAUCUAAAAAAAGGAAGGGGGAAAAAUGGAGAGCCAAAAGAGUCAGGGGAAGCUAACGCGAACACAGUCAUCGUUGCUCCGUUCAUCGCCUACCGUCCGGUCGUCAAUCCAUAGUAUGUCAUCCAUCACCGAAAGUGACUUUAGCAAAGACCAAGAAGAAAACCAGCAGCGAGAGUUGUUACUGAAAGAUGAGAAAAAAACGAAACCGCCCCCAAAGAGAACAGGUUCGAUGUCACCGAGGAUUAUACCGGUCCGGUUCACCCCGGUUUUCGCCAUGGCUUCCAUCUCUUUCUUCACUCUCUUCUCUUUUAUCUUCUUCUUUGGGUUUUAUCUUAAAAGAGAAGAAAUCCCCACAUCGGAAAACCUCUUGUUAGCCUUAAUCUUCGUCGCUAUAACCCUUUUUUUUGCUUCGAAAAACAGAGCUUUAAUCAACCAAGGCAUUGUUUGUUUCAAAUCAAGAUUCUACUUCUCCAAACCUAAUUCGAAGCCCGUCGAAUGGUUCAUUGGAGAGACCCAAUGUAAUAAAAACAACAUCAACAAAGAAAAAGAAAGGCUUCUUCCGACCGUAAGAGAAGGAGUGGAGUUUUACAGCAAUGGAGAUUUUUAUGAAGGUGAAUUCCAUAAGGGGAAGUGUAAUGGGAGUGGGGUUUAUAACUAUUUUGUGAAUGGGAGAUAUGAAGGGGAUUGGGUUGAAGGGAGAUAUGAUGGGUAUGGAGUAGAGAGUUGGAGCAGAGGGAGUAGAUAUAGAGGGCAAUAUAGAGAGGGUUUAAGACAUGGAUUUGGGGUUUAUAGGUUUUAUACAGGGGAUUCUUAUGCUGGUGAAUGGUGUAAUGGGCAAAGUCAUGGUGUUGGUAUUCAAACUUGUGCUGAUGGGAGUUGCUAUGUUGGGGAGUUCAAGUCUGGGGUUAAACAUGGGCUUGGCUACUACCAUUUCAGGAACGGAGAUAAAUAUGCCGGAGAUUAUUUUGGAGACAAAAUGCAUGGAUUUGGCGUUUAUCACUUCGCUAACGGGCACUGUUACGAAGGAUCAUGGCACGAAGGUCGUAAACAAGGCUAUGGAAUGUAUACUUUCCGGAGUGGUGAUACCAGAUGCGGCGAGUGGGAUUCCGGCACCCUUAAAACACCUUUACCCCAACUAACCGAUGCAGUCCUUCGAGCAGUUGAGGCUGCUAGAAGAACAGCUGUGAACGCUGUUCAUCUUCGCCGGGUCGAUGAUCAAGUAAAAAAGGCCGUUUUGGCCGCAAAUAGAGCUGCAACGGCAGCUAGGGUUGCCGCAGUAAGAGCGGUUCAGAACCAGAUGGAUGCCAAAUUUUGUGAUAUAGACGUAUAAGACAAUAGCUUUGCUGGAAAUUGUAGAUGUUUUCUAUGUAGUUUGAAGAGGUAACCCUGGUGAGCAAAAAAAAAAAAGAAGCUCAUUGGAGGUUUGAGAGAUUUGUGUUGAAGGGUUUUUCAUUGAUCACAAAAUGUAACUUGUAUAUACUCUUUGUAUAUCAAUGGAAAAUCAGAUUUCAACUUA